GAGCGCCGCCCCCUUACACCAGCCCCUCACCAACUGGCCUCAUACCUCGCCACCUCUCCCCACACCUCGCCCCUCACCUGCGCCGCCAGUCACAUGACGUGUGAGGCAGCGUGAGGGCACUAGAGGUCACGUGUGCCAGGUUGCAGUGCACAAGGCUUCUAAUGGCAGAAGAUUGUAAAAUGAGUAAUUGCAAAAGUAGAGAAGAUACAGUCAAUGGUGCCUCACCAGCUGAUGAAGAUAAAAGUGUAAAAAGAGUUCCUCCUGGAGUCAAGGAGAAUGAAAAAAAACAAGUUAGAGCAGAAAAUGAUGCAGAGCCAAGGGUUUGUACAGAGUCACCAAUGAUGGCAGCAGACCAAGUUAGAAAAGAGGCUGGGAACCAGCAUCUAGGGUUUGACUGUAACUCUGAGACCAAAGGUGGGCAAGACUGUUACCCUCUCCAUUGGCUUGUUUGGCAUAACGACUACCGAAGAUUAGAAACAGAGCUGAGUAAAGGCAAGUACAGCAAAGAACUACGUGAUCCUCGAGGACGAACUCCCCUUAUGUUAGCUGUUACCCUGGGUCACUUAGAAUCAACUAGAUCACUGCUACGCUACCACUGUAAUGUUAAUGUUGAGAAUAAUGAUGGUUGGACAGUUUUGCAGGAGGCCACAGCAACAGGUGACCCAGAGCUUCUUGGCAUUAUUCUGGAAGGGCGCGACAUGCAGCGUUAUUCCUCGCGUGUAGCUGGUAUCCCUAGUCUUUUGGCAAAACUAAAAGAGGCACCAGAUUUUUAUGUCGAAAUGAAGUGGGAAUUUACAAGUUGGGUGCCGCUAGUUUCACGAAUGUGUCCAAGUGACACGUACAGAGUAUACAAAAGUGGAUCAUGUGUUCGAAUUGACACAACACUUAUUGGAUUUGACCAGACAAGUUGGCAGCGUGGAAAUCGGAGCUAUAUCUUUAAAGGGCAGGCUGAUGGAGCCACGAUGAUGGAAGUUGAUCAUGAAACUGGACAGGUGUACAUGGAAAACAUGCGAACUCUGCCUCCAGACCAGGCACAUUCAUAUAUGCGACCUCACCCUGGGAUGCUGUCUCAUAGGCUCACUACGCCCAUAGCCAUUACAUAUAUUGAUACUGAGAAAAUAAGCUUCGAAAGAGAUAAAGCUGGCAUAUGGGGCUGGCGGAGUGAUCGAAGUGAAAAUGUUAAUGGUCAUGAAUGUAAGGUAUUUUCCGCGAUAAAUGUUGAACUUGUAACGAAGACUCGAACUGAGCACUUGACUGAUGCUGACAAAGAAAAAUCUUCACCCCGAAGUCCAAUCCAAUCGUUCCUUAACAUUGCAGAAGUGGAAGAAAAACAAAACUCUCCUUCUUCCUCGGAAGAGAGCGAGACAUAUAGUCUAAAUAAUCCAAGCAAUAUCACUGCUGAUGAAUAUUUUGAUCCAGAUGGAGACUUGCAAGGCCGUGACAUUGGUCGACCUAAAGAAAUCUCCAAAAAAGUGCAGAGUUUUAAAGCUCACCUUUGGCUGGCAGAGGAGUACCCACUGAAAUUACAAGAGCAAGUGAUGCCAAUUGUUGAUCUUAUGGCCAUCAGCUCUUCUCAUUUUGCGAAACUCAAGCAUUUCAUUCAAAUGCAGCUUCCCAAUGGAUUUCCUGUAAAAAUUGAAAUUCCUCUGUUCCACGUAUUAACAGCAAGAAUCACAUUUGGAAAUAUAUUCGGUGUCGAUGAGGGCAUAGACAAUGUAUCCACAAUAAGUGAAGAGGACAGACUUGCAUGCAUUAUAGAUGAAGCUGUGUUUGAGCCUCCUGCACACUACACAAAGAUUGGUCAUUCUGAUGAGCAGCACGUACAGUUAAGCAUGGAUGAAGAUGAUGCUCUGUUGCAGUAUGCCAUCCAACAGUCUCUAGUAGAAGCUGGCACUGAGCAAGACCAAGUGGACAUCUGGGAGGCACUUCAGGCUGACCACAGACCAGCUCUUAGGCAACCAGGGCUUAACUCCAAGCCAGGGUCCCGUCCCAGCACUCCAGGACACUUGGGACUGCAAACUGCUGAAGAUGCUCAGCUACAGCGGGCUAUAGAAGAAUCGCUUGCUCUCAGUAUGGGGGCAAACAUCCAACGACCCUCUGGUACAGGAGUGACUGAUUGUGGAUUCCAAAUUGAGCCAGAAGGGGAUAUAGCUGUUCCAGGAGGCUUGGCAGUUACUCCAGGGGGAAGCAUAUUGGAUUCAGAGAUGGCUAUGGCACUCUCACUAUCACAGCGACACCAGGAAGAGGAGGAAGCACGCCGACGGCAAGAAGAAGAGACAUUAAAGCGUAUCCUCGAGUUAUCUCUUACAGAAAAAUAAUGUUAGCUAUGGUUUAGAACCAAAAAAACAUGAACAUACAUACUGCCAUAUUACAAAAUAAGAAGAAAUGAUGCAAUUCUUUUAAUACAUAUUUUGCAGAAAUGUAUAGAAUGUUUUAGAUACUGGAUAGCGAGAUGAGACAUCACAAAACACACCCAGACUUUACAAACAUAAUUUGUGAUGCUUCAGUUAUGUAUUAUGUGUAUGAUUCAGAUGAAUAAAAAUGUCUUUGUUCGAUUUGAACAGAGACCAGAGAGUGAUGUAUGGUGGACUGUGUUGGUCAUUGUGAAUAGACUUUGCUGGAUCAUAGUGCCUCUGCUUAAUCUUUUUUUUUAUACUAAAUUAUUUCUAGAAGCUAACCUUAAAAUAUCAUAUAAAUUUUCUCCUUGCAUUAAUGCUUUCUUGAAGUACAGUUUUUAAUGUGGAAAUUAUUGCUUAAUGCAUAUUUCAUUUUGAAACUGUCUUCUUAAAUAUUCAAUGCAGUAGUUUUUAUCCCAAGACUGGGGUAACUAGGGCAUUCUUCCAUUUUUAUUUGCACUGUAGAUAGCCUUUAUCCCUUAACUUAAUGAUCCACCUGUUUGUCAUAAUAAGCUAACAACUAUUAUUCUUGUUAAGAUUUCUGUAGAAGUUUCUAUCUUAAUCAAUGUUUUACCCCCCUUACUAUCAAGACUGUCUACUGGCCAUUCAGUGGGCUUUACAAAUCCAUGAUUUCAACCACAUGGGCCCUAUGCAGUCACAUGAGACCAAAACUAAAUAACUUAGAUGCAGAACUUGUUUACUUUUUUAACUUUGUGAUAAUCAAAGGGUUUUACAUGUAGUGUGUAUAGCUAAACCACAGAUGUAUGAACUCAAACUUGUUCAGAGUUUAAUCCUGGAGUUUCUGAGUUGUUAUUGUCAGUCCCCUGAUAAUUACUAUUUCACUAUAUGCAUAACAUAAAUCUGACAAUUUUAUUCUGUGAGAAAAGUUGAAGAUGCUUCAGAGGAAGGAAUUCAUCCAACAGCCUGUCAGUGUCUUGUGAGUAAGAAAGCCUAUAUAAAAGUGAACAAGGGCCAAAUUUUGAAAGAGUUUAUCUUUAGAAAUUUGAUUUUGAGUGAUAUUUAGCAACUGUAUAGAAAGUUUGGUUAUUAACAUAUAUAAAGGUAAGUUUGGAAUUGACAAUGAACUUCCUGCUCUUUUAUUAUGUCAGGUGUGCAUUAAAUUAGUACAAGUUGCUAACUGUAAACUGAUGGUUCAGAUUGUAACCCUAAAUAUCAUAACAUUUGUACAUUCAAGAAGGUUUUUCAAACUGACUUAUGGCCUUCAUUUUGUAUCAUGAUUUUUAAUUAAGAUUAUUAAAAAGGCUUUAUCCCAAUGAUAGUGUACACCUGCCAUUGCAUUUUUAAUGUUUUUAUUAAUUAUCCUUAACCCAUGUACUGCACGGCUGUUUAAUAUGACAAAUCCAUGGUGCACAUAAAAAAAAUAUUAUUCCCUCAAUUUUUUUCUUUUAAUACACUUUAUUGUUAAAAUCCCUCCCUCAUGUAAAUUCAAAAAAAUUCCAAAAUCCACUUACUUUCGGUUCAGUGAAAUGGAGAAGUUGUGCGAUGUCACAAGAUCUUGAGUACUAAUGCAGGAGACUCCUGAAGCCGGUCGUGUGGACGAUUCAAGACCCACAAAUUGCCACAAAUAUUUGUUUGUGAUUUUUAUCAAAUAAUAUUGUUUUCUUAUUUUUGUGUGUAAUAUUGCUAAUAAUGAUGCACAUAUCACUAAUGUGUCUACUAAAAAUGUUUGUCAAUACAACUUAUUCAAUUUUCAUUCUAUAAUAAUAUUUACACAGUCAUACACAUUCAUCAAAAGAGUACUGUACUCCUCCAAAGUGUGUGGAGCCCUCCUCUGGUCCCCUUUCCCAAAACAAACAAUACUCUACAUAAGGAUAUUUAUAGUAAAUGGUAUAUUAUAGUUACCUUUUAAUACUUGGUUGGGUGGCUUGUUCUUUUAUUCACAGCUUGCAGGCAUCUGGGUAGUAAAGAGUCAAGUUUCAUAGGGGGUUCCGUUGAGAUGUUUGUCUAAGACUGACAGAUGGCCUCCACGAGCUUGGGUAUGGAGCUAACGUCUUUACCCUCCCAAUCCCUGUUAGUGUAGUGGGAGUGUUGAAAAGUCCUCAGCCCUUGAUGUUGAUAGUUCUCCCUCAGUGUACCUAUUGCACCUCAGCUUUUCAGUAUGGCUAUUUUGCACAUCCUGCCAUGCCCACUGGUUUCAUGUGAUGUAAUUCCGUGUUCAGAUUUGGAAUCAGUUCCUCUAAUAUUUUUCACGUGUAAAUUAUUACACAUCUCUCUCCUCUUCAUUUCCAUUUGAAAACGGAAACUGAAAAUACUGUCGAAGUUUGUUAAUCCAGACUAUAUGGGAAGGACCCCUUGCCGGAUGAGCACAUUUUCCAGAUUAACUUUUUCACUGGCUUCUAUGGACAUUUUGGCCGGAUAGGGAGAUAACUUUAUCCAGCCACGAUUUUUACUGAAUUAGGGUAUGAUAUGAGGAUGAGGAAAAGUGCCGGAGCAACUACUUUAUCUUUGAGGACUGAGCUUUUCACUGUGGAUGAUCUGGGAAAAUUAUUGUGCGCAAUAACACUAUGGUCACAUUUGACGAAAGCUUUUGCAAAGUGUGUGUAUAUUACAUCUACAUUUUGUCUUCCAUGGCACCCAAAGCCAUGUCAUAGUGAUCUAGCAACUGAGAGAGGCAGGAUCGCCCUAUUCUGAACCCGUGUUGCCCGGGGUUAUGUAGAUGUUGUGAUCACACACAAUUUCUAAUCUUCUUAGCACUUUCAAAGAUUUUAUGAUGUGCAAAAUUAGAGCUAUUGGUCUAUAAUUUUUUGCAUUUGCUUUACUAUCUCCUUUGUGAAGUGGUGGAAUCUCUGCUGUUUUAACUGUCAGGAAUUCCUAUUUUGAUUAUCAGCACUUCCAUCAUAUUGUUUGUGGUAUUUAGCAGUUCUGUGCAAAUGAGUGUCUUUGAUGUACAGGCUGAUCCCACGCUGUAGCCUGUGUUUCCUAUUACAUCUGAAAAGAUUGUACUUUGGAAUCCUUUUCUCACUGUCAUAAUGGGCCUUAGUGUGAGUACACAGCACAAAAAAUACAUACAUUUCAGGUACAGUGGUGUCUUUCCAACAUAGCAAACAUGAAAAUGGUAAUAAUCCAUCUGUAAUUAGUUUCACCGAGUAGUGCUUGGUUUCUCCAGUAAGAUGUUUCAUGAAUGGCUCUUUUAAAAUAAGCCAUAAAAUGCUCAUUCUCACUUGAAUUUUCCCCAGUAUACAGGAGAAUGUCUGUAGCACCUACAUCUGUAUCAUCAAAUGUAGGUAUUUCUGGUACAAAAGUCACAAUCUUCCCAUACGAGUACACCUGUGCUGCUCAUGGUGGCACCAGUGUCAUGGCUCAAUCUUAUGAUAUAUCAACAUUGGCUGGAUGAUGAAGCUCUUCUACAUUGUAUGCAACCUCAAACUGUUGCAGUUGAAGCCACUCUUCCCUCAAUUUCUCCAUGGCUCAUCACAUGCCUCUGCUUUGCAGGGCAAGCUACCGACAUUGCAAACCUUUUCCUAGUAACAAUGAGAGCCACUGCCACUAGGUUCAUCUAUGCUACCAGUAUCCGAACCAGUGUUGCUGAACCCGGAAAAAGUGAUCUUCCACAUAUUCAUGGGGUAGAGGAAUGCCAGAUGGCACAGCUGUUGAUAUGAAACACUAGAAGUGGUGUUGACCUAGCAUGCAGUGGCAACAGUGGUGUAAUCCUCAUACUGCACAAUUUUCGUUGUACAGUGGACCCUCAAUUCCGCGAAUCUUAGGUUAAGACUUUCACUUCCCAGGCUGGAUUUACUCACCCGAUUUGAUGAACACACACUCAUUGCUUCUCUUCCCUCUGUCCCACACUACCUCUUUCCCUCCCUCCCUCCUUCCCCCCCCCUCUCUCUUCUUUCCCCCUUUACUGCCUCUCUCCCUCAGUGCCUCCCCCUCCCUUCCCUCACUCAAGUUGGUAUCCAGUGUGGUGGGGGAUAGCAAUGUUUGUUUACGGAUGCUGACACAUUCUUUGUAACCCGUCACACACAAGGUGUUUAUAAUCACAAAUGGCACCUCAAGAGGAUUCAAGCAAAAUACUGUAUAUACUAUAUGCCUUUUCUAAGUUAUAUAAAGAUAUAGUAUGAUUCAUUAAUGUAUAGUUUAGUAAUACUAUAUAUAACAAUGAAUUACUCUUGAUUUAUAUGACUACAAAAUUGCAUUAUAUAAAUAUCGCCUAUAGGCCUCUCCAGUUGCAACGAUUUCAUCGUUGCAACGAAUUUGGGUUGGUCCCACAUAGUUCGCUGAAUCGAGGGUCCACUGUAUCAUUGUCCUCUUUUUCCAUCACUUAUAUCCAGUUGUUGUGUUAGGUCAUUAUCGAGUCUUGGGGCAUCAAUAUCAUUAUCAAGGUCAGGAUUAUACAAUACAUCAUGUAUUUCAUCCUCCAAGGGAUUUUUCAGCCAUGCAACCCAUAAGCAACUAAAAGCUAAAUACCCGUUUGUCAACCAUGGUUGCUCACUUCAAAUUGAGCCUACCUGCAGCCAUGGGACAUGCUGGGAAUUUUGUUUAGACACACUGGAGGCCUGGGGUACCCAUUUGCUACCCAGGUUGCCGCAUGUGAGUUUUGUAUCUUACAUUAUACCAACAAAUUAAUUUUCUAGGUGAGUAUAUCACAGUCAGAUAAGAUACCUCUGAGUGCAGUACAGGGGUUAAUGUUGAAAGCAAUAUUUGUAUUUUAUUCACAUCUAACAUUAUUUUCAUCAGUAAAUUCUUAGGUUUCUUGUAUAUAUAGAUUAGAUCAUUUUGAAUGUUCUUGGUGCAAAUAGUCAUGUCUUACAAUAACCGUGUUCUUUUCGCUGCAGACUAUAUAUAUACAGUAUAUAUUUUA